ACUUCCGCAAAUACACAGAAAAUUGUAUGUACAUAACAGAUGUUUAAUGGGCGAUUUGACGUCUGUUAUCGUCUGGUAUCUGUCAAACAACACUCUUAGUAAUAACAUAAGUCAGAGAAGAGUAAACAAUUGGCUCAAAAUGCACUCACUACGGUUGCAGUACUCCAGAUUGAAUCUUUAUCGAAAUACAUUUAGUUUAUUGGAAAAAUAUGUGAAACCAUCGAUAGCAAGUUGUUGUUCAAACUUUUCCACGGAAUUACCCAGCUUUAAUGAAUCCGAUCAAUUCAAAGCCGCUGUUUUGCAUCCGAAAAAGCAGAAUUUAACCGUCGAAACAUUGGUUCUACCGGACACAGCAGCCGAUGGCAUGGUUCGUGUUGGUGUCGACUAUUGCGCAGUGAAUGGUAUUGAUGUAAAGUGUAUUUAUCAAGAUAUCAAUACAGUGACGCUGCCAUUUAUACCCGGAAGUGAAUUUAGUGGCGAAAUUUUGGAAGUUGGUCCGAAUUGCAAACGCCAAUUUCAGAUAGGCGAUAAAGUAGCCGUUUUAGGAUUAAAACAUGUAGGAGGUGGACUAUCACAUCAAUGUUUUGUACCAGAAACGGAGUGUAUUCAUGUCGAUCCACGUCUAUCACAGAAAGACGCUGCAACAAUUAUUCAAGGCUAUUCCAAUUCAUUGCUGGCAUUCACCAAAUAUGCUCCGAUCAAGGAAGGUGAUGAUGUUGUCAUUUUCGCAGGGCCCGGUGGCGAUGGUUUGGCUGCUAUUGAUAUUGCACAUAAUAUUUUGAAGGCAAAUGUUUAUGUUGUGUUUGCAAGUGCAUCAAUCGAUGCCCUAGUUCGAGACGAAUCAGCGCACAAGGCCAUCAAUUGCAAUGUUGGUCUCACUAAAGUGUACAAUUACUUCAAGAACACACUCGCAUCGAAGCAAUUCAAAGCCGUUUUUGACACGUAUGACUCCAAAAUAUUACAUGUUAUCGCCGAUUUUAUUUCUCCAAACGGAUACAUUCUGACCGAAGAUCCAUUCUUCUCACCGGAAACAUUUGAAGCGCCGUAUUUCAAAAAGGACACGGGCAAAAAGUCGAAAAAGAAAAAGCCAACACUCGAAGAGAUUGAAGAACCAGAAAAUAUUGACUGGACUGAACGUGUGAAAAAGGUUGACAUUACAAAAUAUCAAACGACAGAGCCCGAAUUUUACGAACAAAUCGUCAAUCAAGCAUUCGAAUUACAUGCUACUGAAAAAAUUAACCCAUUCGUUAGCCAAGUAUGGAAUCUACGUGAGGUUAAUAAGGCGAUUCAAUUUGUGAAUUUGAAAAAGUGUUUGGGUAAAGUACUCAUCGAUACACGACGGAAAAAAGCAUCGCUUGAAGGGAAACAAAUCGCUUAAAGGCUGUAAUUGUUGUUAUUAAGAUUAGAAGUAAAGAAUGUUGAAAGUCAUGGAUAUUUUUGAAUAAAUAAACCACAUCAAAAGCC